GAGAAGAGAGAAGAGAGAAGAAAACACUGAACUUUUUCCCUCCUUUUCAACCUUGCCGACCACCAUCACCUCCUCCUCCUCCUCCUCCUCCUCCUCCUCCGCAAUGAAGAGCUGUGUCCUCCUCGUCCUCCUGAGCCUCCUCGGCGGUGGUCACGUGAUUCCUGGAGCCGCAGAUGGCUCCGUGGGCUCGCUCCCUCGCUUCGUGGCUCCGAUCGAGAACGUCACAGUGUCGGUGGGGCGGGACGCGAGGCUGUCCUGUGUGGUGGAGAACCUCGAUAACUACAGGGUUGCUUGGAUCUACAAGGGCACAGGCGGACGCACGGUGCUCACGGUCGCCACGCAAGUGAUCACAAAGAACCCUCGCAUCUCGGCCGUCCAGGAGGCGCAUGCGUGGGUACUGACGGUCACCAGACUCACCAAGAAGGAUCAGGGUGUAUACAUGUGCCAAGUGAACACCAAGCCAGUCCGUAAACAGCUUGGCUUCAUCAGAGUUGUGGUCCCCCCUACCAUCGACGACGCCACCAGCAGCAAGGACGUGAUGGUGGACGAGGGCCGGGACGUGGUACUGACAUGCGCUGCGAGAGGCGACCCGACGCCCGUCAUACGCUGGAUCAGGGAGGACGGGAGGAGGUUCAUCGUCAACUCGGUGCCAGUCGAGGAACACCUGGGACGAAGACUCAGCCUGCAGUCAGUCUCCAGGAACAACACCGGCGCCUACCUCUGCAUCGCCUCCAACGGUGUGCCGCCCUCCGUCAGUAAGAGGAUCCUGCUGGCGGUCAACUUCGCGCCGCAGAUGGUGGUGGAGGGUGGCGGUCGCGAGGGCAACGUAGGGGUGGUGAUGGACGAGGAGGUGCGGCUAACUUGCAGGUUCCUGGUGCGCCCCCUCGCCAAGGUAGUGUGGUACAGAGGACAGCGGCUGGCGGACCAAACAGCCGUGCACACCACCAACGAUGAGCCAGAGUCGGGACUGUGGACCUCGGUUUUGGCAGUCAGGGUCCGGCGCGCGCAGGACUUCGGCAAGUACCGCUGUCAAGUGCGCAACGAGCUGGGCAUUGAGGAGAUGACCUUCUUUCUGCACGAAGUCACCACCACCACCACCACCACAACCACCACCACCACCACCACCACCACUACCAGCACCACCACCACCUCCACCUCAGCACCCUCAAGAGCUUCCACCUCUGCCAAUGGACAUAAGGACUCAACCCGCAACCCACACAACCCGGGCUGGUGGGACAUAUGGGCUGACGAGACCACAACGCAGCCUGGAGCCUCCCUGGACACGCCUGGGAGAGAAUCCAACACCAUCGCAGGAGGAGGAGGAGGAGGAUUAGGAGGAGGAGGAGGAGGAGGAGGAGGAGGAGGAGGAGGUGGAGGAGGAGGUGCAGAUGACAAGCAGCGCAAGAACCCUCUCAGAUACUUUGACAUGCCCACAUCAGCCGCCGCCCCUCACGCCGGUCGCCCACUUCCAUCGUCAGCGCUUCGUCACUUGUGGAGUUGCGUGGCCCUCGUUCACGUCUCAACCCUUGCUCUGGUCCUAGCUGUGGCAUAGACAUAGAUACAUAGAUACAUAGAGGAGUGUCCAGUUGCAGGCUUAUAUACAUUCACACACGUACAUACUCACAUACAUACACACACACGCACGUAUUGUCUUAACUUGCUUCUUUCUUUCUUUCUUUUCUUCUUCUUGUUUUUUUCUUUGGCUUCUUAUCUGUAUCGCUUUGUUGUGCUCCUUUCUUCAUUAUUUUUUUCACUCUUCCAUUCUUCUUUCCUCUUCGUCUUUUUGGUAGAUUUUUUUUCUUUCUCUUCCACUUCCUUUCUUUCAUUUCAUUUUCUCUCCUUUUUCUCUUCCUCCACUCUUACUUUAUCUUUCUUCCUCUCCUAUCCGUCGUUAUCUGUUUUGUAUUUCCUUUUUCUCUAUUCUUUCAUCUUUUUCCCUUUGCUCUUCCGCCUUCUUCUUCAUUCCUCCUUUCUUUAUCAUCUAUCGUCUCUUUUCCAUUCUAUCUCCCUUCCUCUUUUCUUCCUUCUCAUCCCUUUUCUUAUCCUCCACCUCUCUUCAUCCUUCUUUCUCUAUCGAUCCUCCUCUCUAUCCCAUUCUCCUUCCCAUCAGACCUCAAGUUCUAAUAAGAGAGCAUCCACAAAGUCAUUGGAUCCCCUAAAAGCAGGAUCGAAUCGUGUUCAGAGUAGAGUUUGGGAUCCUCGGUGUGAGAGAUCCUAUAGUUUUGAGCCCUGAUGCCUGACCCUUCCACUCCCUCUCUCCCUCUCUCGCUAUCUAUCUAUCAACGGAAUCCUAUGAAGACACAGCACCGCGGAUGGCUACACACAAUCACUGAUAUUCGUUCGCUAGGCCGUUCGUUCUUUCCUGGCUUGUCUGACCCCCCCACUCACACACUCACACACUGACACACACUCACACACACACACACACACACACACACUCACGCACACUGAUACACGACACGACCUCCCAAGCUCUGAAAACUAUAAAUGGCUCACCGGCGGAGGACACAACUUAAUCUGUCCGCAUAUACGAGUGUUUCCUGUUGUGCAUAGUUAGAUUUUAGUAUUUAUUAGAGAGAGAAAGCAAGUGUGUCUGUAUGAGAGAGUGUAUGUGUGUGUAAGUGUGUAUUAGAGACAUAUAUUCAUAGCUAUGGGUAUAUAUCACGUUAUUUUAUCAAACAUAUGAUCUUUUCCGUGUGUAGUGGUCUAGAAGAGAUAAUAAUAAUAGUAAUAAUAAUGAUAUUUCAACGUCCCCAUUCGCAAAAGGUGUUUACUGAGUGGCGACAAACUGUGUAUAUAUGAUAAAAAUAACAUUCCUCUUCUUCUUCUCCUCCUCCUCCUCCUCCUCCUCCUCCUCCUCCUCCUCCUCCUUCUCCUUCUUCUUCUUCUUCUUCUCCUUCGCCUUGACCAUCUGACCGAACGGCGCUCUCAAGGUAAAGAAGAGGAAGAGGAAGAGGAGAGGAAACUAGUAAAUAUGAAGAUUUAUAUAAAAAUACCAACCUAAUUCUGUCUGUAUAUAUAAACUUAGUAAAUGAAGUUCUGUGCUAUUGUGUGUGUGUGUGUGUGUGUGUGUGUGUGGGGGUGGGUGUUGGUCAGAUCUUGCGCGCGUGUGUGUGUGUGUGUGUGUGUGUGUGCGUAUAGUGAGUGUAUAUAUUGCAGUGUGAAUAUCUUGUGUGUGUGUGUGUGUGUGUGUGUGUGUGUGUAGAUACUGUGUUGCGCGCCUCAUACAUAUCACUUUGAAAGGACGAUGUGGUGGUGUUGGUGGUGGUGAUGGUGCUGGUGGUAGUGAAGAUGGUGGUGGUGGUGAUGACCGCUGCCUCUACUUGUUGCUCCUGUCCCAUCUCCUGCUCCAUCUUCCUUUCCCUUCUCCUACUUCCCAUUCCCUUCCCUUCCCUUCCCUUCCCUUUCAUUCUAUUCCAUAUCCAUCCAUUCUCGUCCCCUUCAUUUACUUUCAAUAUGUUUUCUUCCUUCUCUUUCCCUUCCUUUCUCUUUUCUUCUCAUACAUUUUCUUCCUCUCUCUUCUCUUCCUUAUCUGUUGAUCUCUCACUUCUCUCUCUCUCUCUCCUCUGCUCCCUUCCCUUCUCAUCCCAUCCUCCUCUUCAUUUUCUUCUCUUUCUCUGCCCUAUUUGCUUUCUUUUCCUUAACUCCCCUUCCCUUGCGUUCCUUUCUUGUCUGUUCCUCUCUCAUUUCUCCCUCCAUUCCAUCCUCUCUUUUUUUCCCUUCCUUUCUCAUCAAUUACGUUCCUUCAUUUCCUUUUGUUUCUCUUAUUUUCUUUGUUCCUUUCUUUGUCUUCUUUCCUUAACUUCCUAUCCUUCACUUUGAGCACCUUCUCUCUGGUAUCUUUGUCUCCUCCUCCUCCGAAAACAAAGAGGAUUUUAAUAUUUUUUCCUCCUUUUCUUAGACUAACAAACGGCAAGUCUCAUUUCCACGAACACUUAACACUCACAUUCCUUCCUUCUAAGUACACUCGUUUAUUACCUUAUCAAGAAGAGGGUUUAGGGGGAUUCAGGUCCUUAUGUUACGGCUUUGUCUCACGCGAUAACUCCACUUGUAUAUGAAUGCUUGGAGUGGGGUAGGGAGGAGGGGGGUAGGAGGGGGGUCGUCAGUCACAGAGUAUAAUCGAUUUUCUUGCGAGACAUUCACGUGAUUCAUUACACUAACGCUCUUAAUAGAAAACGUCCCUUGGGUCAGUAAAUCAGGAGGGAUAACUCAUACAUAUUUCUCAGGUAAUAAAGAGAAAGGGAGACUGUACACGGGUGAUUUCGUUCUUUCAGAGGAACAAUGUACGAUUCAAUUUGCAAACGCUCUCAGUAAGUCAAUAAAUCAAAGAGCGGGAUUUAUAUAUAUUCCCCAUUUUCCCCAGUUAAAAGGAAAAUGGGAACUAUACAAGGGCGGUCAUUAGAGGAACACUAUUAUGUUUCCUACACCCAUUUUAUUCUUUUUAUGAUCUGAAUUUGAGUAGUUGACAUAAGUAUGACCAGACAUUGAAGAGUAAGAAACACAAGCACACACAAACACACACACGCAAACACAGGAGUCUUAUCAAAUUUACAAAAGCUUCUAAAACUGUCCUGGGUUAAUAUAGAGUAGGAAGGAAUGUUUUUUGUUUGUUUGUUUGUUUGUUUUUCGAGGGGUACAGGAGGUAGUUACACGUGAUUUAUUUCGCAAACACAAACACACACAACACUGAAAAAUACAUCCCGUAGGUCCUUACAUCAGGCUGGGGGGAAUUUUAAGCUGUUAUCGCCUUCCCUAACUGGAGGUGUGCAUUACCUAAUUAACCUUCCCGGCCAGGUGAUAAAAAUAGGCCUAAUUAUGAUGUAGUGGGAGUAGUAGUCGAGUUAUGUUAUACACUAAAACAACGAGGUAAAACACACACACACACACACACACACACACACACACACACACACACACACAUCUUAACUCGUCUGGAUUAUAAAAAUAUCAAGAGAUUUACUUUUGGAAGAGUCAGAAUACGUAGGAACUUAAAAGAUAGUAGAUGAGAUAAUGCAAAUGAGAGUUAGAUAAUGCGUAGUAAAUGAAUAUGAUAAGUACAUAAAUGACAGAUGUUUAAGUGUAAGAUAAUGUAUGAUAAGUUAGGAAGAGAAGAUAAGAAGAGGUUACACUACGCAAGUACGAUUUAACCAAGAAAGGGAAUCCUGGUAAACUUUGAAAUAAUGAUAAUAAAAAUAAUAAUAAUGAUAAUAAUAAUAAUAAUGAUAAUAAUAAUAAUGAAGAAAAAAUAUCACAUGUACACCAUAGCUCAAACUUAACCUUUACAAAUCUUUCAUAACCUUUACUUAAAUAUCCCCUUCCACCCCCCCCCCCCACACACACGCACAAUGAAUAAUAGCCUCCAGAAAAGGUUAACAUAAUUCUCUUGAUGGACAGGCAAACACACACACGCACACACACACACACACACAGACAGACAGACAUAUCGACGAAUAAGCUUAGAUUGUUAUUUUUUCUGCGUCGUUUUCAUGGUCCAUUUUUUUGUCCAUUAAUACGUGUGUCAAGUUUUCGUAUUUGUAUUAUUUCUGUUUUAUCUUCCUUGUUUUCUCAUUCCUAAUUAAUCGAUUUUACUGCCGGGUUUUUUUUUUUUUU